GGCUGCACUGCUAUCCAACAGCAGGAAAGAGAAGGUGGUGGUGGGGGGAAAAAAUCCUACCUCCCAUAUCAACCCCUUCCCACCUCCUCUCAAAACUUUACCAGUUUCGAAAAGUAAGGCUAAAGCGCUGAGCAGUAGCAGCAGCAGGAGGAGUUCAUCACUUUUCCUUUUCACUGUCGAGUAUCUGUGCCUGUUAGGCUGAGUCUGACAACUUAAUUGGUUCCCUCGGGCGCUCUUUUCUUCUUCUUCUUCUUCAAAUUCAGCUUUUCGUGCCGUCUGCCACACCUGCCUGCCAAGCUGAUGGGCGCGGCUGGGACCGGUGCCAAAAUCUCUGUUUUUACUUGCCUGGGAAAGUUGAGCGAAAAGACACAAUAGGAUCGAGGACUUUAAGAACAUCCCCGCACGACGCGUCAGCUUCACAUAAACACAUUGUUCCUCCGGUGGUGGAUCAGUCGCUCCAUCCUGCGAGGAAUCCGUAUUUGAUCGGUACUUGUUGGAAGUGGCUGAAGAUUAAAAUGGGAUGGACGAGUUAACAGGGCAGAUGGACUUCUCAGAAGAAAAGGUUGUCACAGAAACCAUAACCUCCACAACCAGACUGACAUCUCUCCCACCAAAGGGAACCAGCGGAUCAAAUCACAGGAAUAUGUCCAGCAGUGCUGGAGGGCUGGGCUUGGAGAAGAAUGUCUUAACCCAGAACAGCAGCAGUGGAACUUACUUUUCUUCAUCUUCUGUAGGUGUGAACACCGGGAGCUACAGCUCCUCCUCGGGAAUCUACCUCGGCGGAGACUCCUCAGGAGGGGGUGAGGGAGGUGGGACCUACAUAGAUGGAGAAAGCUUUGGAAUUGCCACAGGAGGAGGAGGAGGUGGAGGCAGCGGAGGCAGUUAUCUCGUGAGCUCCGCGUCCAAGGUCCGGUCCAGCUCGUCGGGCGGUGCCAGGAGGACGCAGACUGCUGGCUCAUCAGGAGGCCUGUCGCCAGCUUUCCGGGAGAGGAAGCACAUAUCCAGCCGCUCAGGGGGCUAUGAUGGGAGUUCCAGUGCUAAUUCCUCUCCAGAAUUUACUCGCAAAGAUUAUGGAAACUAUUGCUCUGGUGCCACAAGAGGGAGAAGCGAAAGCAGAGAAAGCGAGAUCAGAGUCAGAUUGCAAAGUGCCUCCCCCACUCCCUGCAGAUGGACAGAGUUGGAUGACGUGAAGAAGCUGCUGAAGGGACGCUCUAGCAGCGUCAGCCCCACUCGCUCCUCCAGUGCCUCCAUCACCCUGCCUGUCCCUAAAAAGGCCAGCGUGGAGACAAAGACCAUCUCAGUGGCCUCUCAGUCAGUUUCAAGUUCUUUUGGCUCUGGUGUGAGAUCACCUGGGUUCAACACCAUUGAUUUAUCAGGACUGUAUGAUACCGGCCUGACAAAUGGAAAGCUUGAUAAAUCAAGCCAGUAUGAUAUCACAGACAAGUAUGAUACUGGUGUGAGAUCAGUGCAGUAUGAUGGUAGUCUGAAAUCAGGACAGUAUGAUACUGGUGUGAGAUCAGUGCAGUAUGAUGGUAGUCUGAAAUCAGGACAGUAUGAUACUGGUGUGAGGUCAGUGCAGUAUGAUGGUAGUCUGAAAUCACGACAGUAUGAUACUGGUGUGAGAUCAGGACAGUAUGAUACUGGUGUGAGAUCAGUGCAGUAUGAUGGUAGUCUGAAAUCAGGACAGUAUGAUACUGGUGUGAGAUCAGUGCAGUAUGACACCACUGUAAGAUCAGGUCAAUAUGACACUCUGGACUCCACGGUGUUCCCCACUUUCUCCUGGUCCACCUCCACUCUGCCAUCCUCCUCCACUACAGUCAUUGCUGGCAACACCAGCAGCUACACAUACCAAAGUGGGCAGGUCAGCGCCAACAACAUGGCUGCAGGCUUGGCACCAGUCAUCCCCACCUCUCCAUCAUCCCUGUCAGUUUACGGCUUUCAGAAUAACCUGGCACCCACUUCGGCCAGUGUGCUCACCACCAGUGGAGCCAACGUAAAUGCUAACCUGGGAGGAUAUGGUGUUCAGAAGAACGUGACCAACGGUGGCAGCGGCAUCAGCACUGGAGUCUCUACGACCACUAGAUCCCAAACUGAUGACGCCUAUAAGAAAGACUAUAAGUUCGUGGUUUCUGAAAAAGAAAACGUUCCAGCCAAAAGGGAGACAGAUAUGCUCAUUUUGGCAAAAGACACCGGCAAGCAGUUUACCAGCAGCGGCAUUCAUGUAGGAGGAGGGUCACUGUCAGGAGACUCGAUAAAGAAGGAGAAGCUUAUUUCGAGCUACGGUGAAACGGCCCAACUGAAGGCAGAGACUGGCAACUCUUACUAUGGUUCAUCUGGAGUUGUAAUGAAAGACAAAGCCACCUAUGCAGAGAUUCACAGGGACAGCGGCAUCUUCGGAGGUGGAGGACUAUGCUGUUGUUCGGACUCCUGUUGCUCCUGGUGGAAGUGGCUGCUGGGCCUUCUCCUUCUCUCCCUGCUCUUGCUGGGACUCCUGUUUGGCCUCAUUGCUCUGGCUGAGGAUGUGAGAAAGCUGAAGAGUCGAGUGGCGACCCUGGAAGCUGCGUCAUCGGUCGCUGGCGCCCACACCAGUCGGCUGUCUUCCAAUGAUAUCAACACUUAUGUGGAUGGUGGAGGUAUGGGCACUGACAACACCAUAGGCGUGGGUGGAGGAGGUGGAAGUUCAGGAUCCAGGACACAAGUUCAGAUUUCCACAAGUGAUGUCAGCACAGGUGGUAAUGGCAUUGGAGGGUCUACUGGUACUUCUGGUGUUGGAGCUGGUACCAGUUCCAGUGGGAGCUCCAGCAGUAGUGGAAGCAGCAGCGUCGGGAGUGCUGGUACAAGUCAAAGUGGUAGAGUUGAUGCUGCUGGUACCAGUCAACGAGUUGGGGUUACCGGUUCUGCUAGUGGUGCCGGUACUGGCACUGACCUCAGGAUCAGCGUGAGUGGAGGACACAUAGAUUCUGCUGCUCUUCAGCUGGCCAUCCAGCACAUGUUAAGGGCUGAAAUGCAGUCGCAGGCAUUCAAAGCUACUUUAGCGUCCUCAGUACAGGGAGAGAGAGGAUUGCCUGGGCCUAAAGGAGAUCCCGGUUUCCCUGGCAUCCCAGGUCCUCCAGGUGCGAUGGGACAUUCAGGCCCCGAAGGUCCCAAAGGACAAAAAGGAACUCAAGGUGAACAUGGAGCUGAGGGGCCACCGGGUCUUAGAGGUCGUGAGGGCCCAGUUGGCCCGAGAGGUGAGCCAGGACCUCCAGGCUUUGGAAUUAAAGGCGACAGAGGUGCUCAUGGAGAUCCUGGGGUUCCUGGGCCUGUAGGACCUAUCGGCCCCCCUGGACCAAAAGGUGCACAGGGGCUGUCUGGACUUUCUGGGCCACCAGGUCAACCAGGUCUUCAAGGUUUCCGUGGCGAAUCAGGGCCUCCUGGGGCUAAAGGUGAUAGAGGGCUUGCUGGAUUCCAGGGACUUAAAGGUGACACUGGUGACAAAGGUCCCAGAGGUGCACAAGGUGAAUCCGGUUUACCAGGUCCGCCCGGGCCAGCUGGAGAAAAAGGCUCCAAAGGAUCAGUGGGACUUUCUGGACAAGAUGGCGCAAAGGGAUCAAGAGGUGACCAAGGACCAGCUGGGCCUCCUGGACUCAGAGGUCCUGCUGGGCCUCCUGGGGAUAAUGGACUUCCAGGAACACCUGGACUUCAAGGACCACCAGGGAUACCAGGAAAUCCAGGACAACCCGGCACCAAAGGUGAUACUGGUGCACCAGGACGCAUCAUCAAUGCAGCAGCUGGCUCCACUGCUGUUGGCAUCCCAGGAGCACCUGGGCCUGCUGGUCCUCCUGGUCCCCCUGGGGCUCCAGGAUUAUCAGGUCCCAUCGGCCCUGCUGGUCUGCCUGGCCAACCUGGUCCUAAAGGUGACAGAGGAGCAAAGGGAGACGUGGGAGAAUCAGAACUAUCCUUGAGUAAGAGUGAGACGGUUUCUUCAAGCAGAACAGACAGGCUGUUUCGUGAAAAUGGAGGUUUGGCACAGUCUGGCCCACCCGGCCCACCGGGUCCACCUGGGCCUCCAGGACGUCCAGGAGAUUCCAGACAAGGACCUCCAGGACCACCUGGGCCCCCAGGCCAGCCAGGUUAUGGAAGACCAGGACCUAAAGGAGACAAAGGGGACUCCAGCUUUGUAUCCAGCGCUGGUGCAGCCUUGUAUCCAGGACCACCAGGACCUCCUGGGCCUCCCGGGGCUAAAGGAUCAACAGGUCUUCAAGGGCCCAGGGGAUACCAAGGUGAACCCGGUCAGCCUGGUGUGCCCGGCACCCCGGGAACACCAGGAACCAACGAGAGAGUGUCAACAUAUGGUGGAGGACGUGGGCUCCCAGGACCACCGGGUCCACCAGGGCCUCCAGGGCCUCAAGGACUCAAAGGGGACACUGGAGCUCCUGGGAUUCCAGGCGCUUCAAGAGGCUCAAUCUCAGUCAUGUCAGGUCCUCCUGGUCCUCCAGGUCCUGCUGGCCCUCCAGGCUUGCCGGGCUCCUUUGCUUCUUCUACUGAGAUGCGGCAGUACAUCAGUGACUAUUUAAGUAGAGCCAGGCAAUCUGCCAUUCCUGGACCUCCAGGUCCACCUGGACCACCAGGACCCCCUGGAACCUACUCAGGCUCUAUAGAUGACAUCUCUCUUCGUGUCAUUGCAUACCUACGACGUUCAGACUCAGGGUUCAGCUUGGGUGUUCAGGGUCCUCCAGGACCACCUGGUCCUCCUGGACCUGCCUCUGGAUCCCUGACAGUCAGCGGUCUCAUAGCUAUGCUUCAGAGAGAUGACGUGAGGAGAUAUUUGACAGGACCACCAGGGCCACAAGGGCCACCAGGACCACCAGGGACAUCAGUAGGACUUUCAGGCAGUUAUAGAGUAGAGGAGAUAGCUACAUAUGUCUUCAAUUUCAUGAACGAGAGAGGGAUUGCAAGAGGUCCACCUGGGCCACGUGGUCCUCCUGGGGUUGCAGGGCCUCCUGGUCCAGCAGGGUCUGGCUUCACUACCGCUACUAUUGACUAUUCUGCACUAAUAAAGAAUUCAGAUUUCCGUUCAUGGAUCGCAUCUGCUGUGCAACAAGGCCCUCCUGGUCCUCCGGGUGUUCCAGGGCUACCCGGCCCUACUGGCCCUCAGGGCCCGCCAGGAGUCUCCACUGCUACUGUGUAUGGGGCAGGAGGUCGUGGCUACAGCUUGGAAGAAAUCCAGCGUUACUUGCAGGGUUCUGGGUUUAGAGGUCUUCCUGGCCCUCCUGGUCCUCCAGGUCCACAGGGUCCACCAGGCACUUACGCUGGAUCAGUUUCUUACAGUGGGAACUUCCCCAGGGAGAGCAUCCGCACUGAAAUUCAGCAGUAUCUAACCAGUGACAGUGUUCGCCGUACCAUCACGGGACCUCCAGGGCCUCCCGGUCCAAGGGGUCUGAAAGGAGAGCGUGGAGAGCCAGGCUACCUCCAGACCUACGCACAGAGCCAGACCUACGCUCAGGGUGACUCUCACAACAACCCACAGAUCAGACAGAUUGAUGUCAGCAAGCUUGCUGAGACACUGGACUACUCUAAUGUCGCCAUAAAAGUUACAGACUACAUCAAGAGUCAUGGCCUGCUGCAAGGGUAUUCAGGUGGGGCUUCUUUGACCACAAAUGUUCGAGCUAUUCAAGGCCCGCCAGGCCCGCCUGGCCCUCCUGGACCACCUGGUCACAGUCGUGUUUUUGCAGCUUACGGCAAUAUCACAGCUGAUCUCAUGGACUUCUUCAGAGUCUAUGGCACCAUUCCCGGCCCUUCAGGAAGCCCUGGGCCAAAAGGGGAAAGAGGGUACCCAGGACCCAAAGGAGACAAAGGUGAUCCUGGACCUCCAGGUUUACCUGGAAUACCAGGGACAUAUACUGUCCAAAUUCCACACAGAGUGCAGAAGAGGGAAGCAGGCAAUAAACUUGUUGGUCGUCGUCAGAAGCAUCGCCGUCAGGCUGGCAGCGGUUAAAGGGCUAACAUACUACUGGAUCCUAACAGAUUUCAUUUCAUUUUCACUCAGUUUUUUUUAGGUCUUUAACUGUACCAAUUUAAGUAGCUAAAAUGCUUUUCACUGUUUCCAACUGUAGAAAAGUCAGUUUGAGAAAAUAAAAGCAGCCAGAAAAAUGCAUCAGUGUCUUUAAAACAGCUUCAGUAUACAUUAAGGGUUUUUCAGGCAUAUACUUCAUUUUGUUUUAAUCAUGUGGGUGUAUAAUGUUUACUCUGUUUAAUUAGAAGCUUGCAAUCAGACUUUUUCCUGGGGCAGCUUUGUUUACAAGAAUAUAUUUUUAAGCAACAAGUAGCAGUCGCUGAUAUUUUUUGCAUCUUUUUCCACACUGAGUGCCUGGUGUACCUUUUUUUUUUUUUUUUUUAAAUUGUUGUCAUUUGAGGAAUAUAUUGUAUUGAGGGCUAUAUAAGUGUAUCCAUAAGCAUUCGUUGCAUACAAAUUACAACAGCUUACUCUUUAAAUGCAUACAUAUAUUACUAUGUAAACCUGACAGUCUCAGACAGAGGGAGGGUUACAGUUAAUGUUGCUGCAGGCACAACUGAUAAUUGUGGGUUAGAGACACAUUGUUGGCGUGGUUGAAAGAGUGACUUGGAUGAUCACUAAGAAGUGGAUUGGAUUGUAUAUUUUUUGUGUGAAAGGGCACUGAAUUUGAUAUAUUUUUCUUUAUACCUUUAAGUGUUGCAGAGAUUAAGUUAUAAAAUGUUCCCAGAUUAUGUUUUUACAUGAUUUAUACCUAUUGACAUUUUGUCAAUAUAAAAAAAGAAGGAAAAACAAUAGAAAAAUAAACCUAUUUUUGGACUUGUGAGUUUUGAUAUUUGUACUACUAAAUUUGUCUAAAAAUAAAAUUAACUCAAGUUGCCGAA